CUGAGGAGAAUUCACGGACAAGGUUCCAAAAAGUCACCGUGGAAACAGGAAGUGUUUGUAUUUUUUAUAUUUUAUUUUAUUUUUCACAUUUAUUCGAAUUAGAAACGGGAAUUUACACGCACGGUGAAAAGCUGUCAGCGUCCGGUCAGAUAUUGGCCAAUUUAUAUGCACUUUAACCCUUAUGGUGAUGUUUCAAAAAAAUAAAAAUUAAACUGUUGUUUUGCGUAAUAAAAUACCCGGAACAGAAGCGUUCUUAUAAGUUAAGUUCUUAUAUUUGAGUGUCUAGUGUAUUAGUGUAUUAGAACACAGCCGCCUUCUGGAGCCAUUGCUACAGGAAAAGGGGGCGGGGAGGAAGAGGAAGAAAAGGCCACGCCCAUUUUAUCCACAGCAGCCGAGCGCGCGCCGUCCUGGAAUAACCGUACGAGCUUGGGGAGUCGCGCGCGAACCGUUAGGAAUAACGGGCAAGUUCACGAGCGCGAACGAAAAUUCUGUAUAUUAACAUAUUUAUUCUGAGGAGUGAAGAUGGAUGAUUUGGGAGAGACUGACUCGUCUAACUACCCUCUCAGCCCCCGUAUUGUCGUGUUUGACGCUCUCCUGGCCGAUCUGGAAAGCUCCGCUUCUCCUCUCGCUCGGUGCCCUGUCCUAUUGACCUCUGACCCUCCGGUGACCUCUGACCCCUCACCCACGUCCAACCAAGACUCCAUUCAGAACCGGCCUCCUCCUCCUGCAUACACACCUCAGCAGACAGUUUCAGCUGCCAUGAAGUCCAACGGCUCGCAGAAUCCAGACAAGCUUUACAGCACGGUGUGUAAGCCUCGUUCUCCGCGCUCUCCUGACCCUCCUCCUGCGUUCUCGUCCUCGUCGGUGUUGGGUGGAGGCCUGAGUGAACUCGAUCACCUGCUUCAGGAGCUCAACGCCACCCAGUUCAACAUCACCGAUGAGAUUCUGGCUCAGUUCCCUACGACGAAGAAGGAAGACAAGGACAAGGAGAAAUCGGGAAAGUCGGCUCCCUCCACCGGGUCAGUGAAACCCUCCGCCACCUCGGCCACUUUGGAACUGGACAAACUGAUGGCGUCGCUGUCAGAUUUCCGCGUGCAGAGUGUGCCGGCAGCUCAGGCCAAUCCGGCGCCUUUGCAGCAAACGGUGUCCCCGCCCCCGGUGUCCUCUGGAGGCUCACUGGACAGCAUGCUGGGCCUCCUCCAGUCAGAUCUAAGCAGGCAGGGCGUUUCCACCUCCUCCAAGGGAAACUGCUCCGCCUGCCAGAAACCGAUUGUGGGACAGGUGGUGACGGCGCUGGGGCAGGUGUGGCACCCCGAACACUUUGUGUGCUCCGAGUGUGAAUGUGAACUGGGGAACCGUAACUUCUUUGAGAAGGACGGGCGUCCGUACUGCGAGCCGGAUUACUUCAGCCUGUACUCGCCUCACUGCGCACACUGCAAUAAACCCAUUCUCAAUAAAAUGGUCACGGCACUCGAUAAGAACUGGCAUCCUGAGUGCUUCUGCUGCGUCAAGUGCAGCCGGACAUUCGGAGAUGAAGGGUUUCACGACCGUGAUGGACAGCAGUACUGUCAGCAGUGUUUCCUGGCGCUGUUUGCGUCGCGUUGUGAAGGCUGCUCUCAGCCCAUCGUGGAGAAUUACAUCUCCGCUCUCAACGCCCUCUGGCACCCACAGUGCUUCGUCUGCAGGGAGUGUUUCAGCCCUUUUGUGAACGGAAGCUUCUUCGAGCACGAGGGCCAGCCGCUGUGUGAGGUGCACUAUCACCAGUCUCGUGGCAGUGUGUGUCAGGCGUGCCAGCAGCCCAUCGUAGGACGCUGCGUCACAGCCAUGGGCGCUAAGUUCCACCCGCAGCACCUAGUGUGUCAGUUCUGCCUUAAACCUCUGAGCAAAGGCUGCUUUAAGGAGCAGGACAACAAGCCCUACUGCCACCCGUGUUUCCUCAAGCUGUUCGGCUGAAUUUAAAUCGGGGGAUGUCCAGUACUUUCAAGAUAGGAAGCUUUCCAGAAUCAGUAUUCUUACCUUGCAUCUUUUUCCUUAUUUAGUAAUGUGUAAAAGAACAAAAACAAGUGCAAUUUUAUAAAGUCAAGUGAUAUAAAGAAAAAAAAAAAGAGCAUUUUUUUGUAAAAUGAGCAAGUGUGCCAAAAAAUACUUCAGUGACACAGAAGAGAAGAAACAUAUGUGUGAUAUGUAACUUCGAUUACCCUGUUAGCUAUGUUUACAUGCACACAAUAGCCCAAUGUUCUUCUUGGACAGAAUGAAGAUGUUUACGUGAGUUGUAUAAGAAACAAAGCUGAGCUUUUCUCACCGAUUUGGAACCCGUGGAAGUUUGGUUAGCAAUUGACGCUAAGUGUAAUUAUGUUGGGAUUUUAGCUGGACAUAAUCUUAUUUUUAAGCAAUUUACCAACACGUCUGAGUAAAACGUUGAUAUUUCCGACAGGUUCGUCCCGUUUUUAUCGUCAUUGUGCAUUUACGUUAAUAGCAAAUGGCUACAUGUCAGCUAGCAUUUCCAGUAAAAUGUCAGCGAGGAUGUCCAUUCUGACCGGUUGCCUGGCAACUGAGUUUUUGUGUGUUUGAUGUCCCAUGUCGUAAGCAGGAAUUAUUUAUUUUUUUAUUUUAUCACACUAAAAUGUUGGACUAUUGAUGUACGGGUAAAUAUAAUUAUUGAGGCUGAAGGACUGUAGGAUUAAACACACACACACACAGCUAUUAUUUAAUACAGUGAACAUUCUUAACCUGGCCUAAUCAAGUAAGCAUGUGUCGAUGUUACAUUUUCCCAUCAUGCAAACUGCUAACCUUUACGACAUAUUCAAAAUCAUUAUUUAAAUAACUACCUGAAGCUUCUCGCGCAACAUCUGUGAUGUUUGUUUACCCGAAAUCACUCGUUACCUUCUUAUUUACGAUUAAAAACACAACUCUGUGACCUUAUAAGCUAACACUGGCUAGCUGUUAGUGAAAGCUUAAGCUGCAGGAGUGAUUAUAUUUAAUGCAUAGUCUAGGUUUAAGGUUAUCUAUCUUAACAAGUCUAGGAGUUUCAAAAAGAAAAUUGAGCUGCCAAACAAAAGCUAAUUAAUGCUUGGCCUUGCAUCAAACCAUGCUAACUAGUUAAACUUUUUCAAUACAGUUAGCUCUAAUAGAGAAAAGUAUUUUUUUGUGUGUGUGUUUUAGCGCAGAUUAUCAGCACAUGCCUACAUGACAGCCAUGUGAAUAGCCAACGCUUUCAUUUCCUCGACAUGAAGUAAACCCUACAUCAGUUGCUGACGAUCACCAGCAGUCUUAUGAAUGAAAGAAAUGCUCAUUUGCGUGAAUGAUUUCCAAAGAUCUUUUUUUUUUUUUUUUUAAUUAUUUGGAUUAAAUAUUAAGUUCAUUUUGUUUCUUUUUAAAAAAAAAAUCAGAAACAAGAAAUGAUUUCAGUUUAAUAUAUUUGCUUUAUGCAGCUUAUAGUCACUGCUGUUGCAAUAUGUGCUUAUCAAUUUUCAUAUUUUAAGUCUGUCUGUAAAAAACAAAAAAAAACAAACAACAACAACAAAAACGUGAUGAGAUAUAUGAUAUACUGCCAAAGAUUUAUUUUAAAGAUGUUUACACCUUGUUGUUAUGUAGUCUUCAUACUCAGAUAAGCUGGUUUUUUGGUUUGUUUUGUUUUUUUGUUUGUUUGGUGUGUCUCUGCUGUUCCUGCCACACAAUGAAGAAGACAAUAAACACUUUUCUUUGUA